AUGAAACGCGUAAAAAAUAGAGACGGAACGAAAGAACAAAAGCUUAUGAAUGCGGAUGACGUAGAUAGGGAAAUUGUUGAAAACGGUCUCGGAAUAUAUGAAAUGCCAGCAGAUGAGGUACAAGAAACUCCACAGGAAGAAAUAGUUCAGAUACAACCAGACAUGGAAGAAAUAGUUCAGCAACAACAGCUAGAAGAGCCUGAAGGAAACGAACAAGUCACUCCUUUGGAAACUAACUUCACAGAACUAGAUGAAGAUUUGGAACAGCCGAAAAAUCUUGACCCUCAACAAGAGUAUGCGGAGAAUAUGGAAUAUUUCCAAGAGUCUAAAAAAAAUUCGGCUGACAUAGUAGAAGAAUAUCGAAAAAUGUUUGCCGACAUACAAAAGACUCCAACAUCAGAUGAAAAUAUUCGGCAUAGAAUGGAAGCACUGAAAGAAAAUGUACACAAAUACAACAACCCUUUUUACUUACGAGCAUUUAACGUUCAAUCUUCGGAUGAACUCGGUGAAGAUAAAAGGUUAAAUUUCAAGAAAACAUAUAGAAAUGAAACAUUGUUUAAAGUUCAUUCAGAACCUAACCAAGAUGGAAACAAACCUACUUUUGUUUCUGCAGACGAUGGAACUACAAUGAGAUGGGGUCAUAAAGCUAAUCCAGAUAGGUGGUUCAUAAACUUACAACCACAAUUCCAAGAAGUUGUAGACGCAAUGGAAGUGAAUGGUGAACCAGAUAUAGCUGGUAUUUUCAGCGCGGCUUUAAUGCCAUUGAAAGAUAUGAAAGAUGCAGAUAUUUUGAACCAGUAUGAAAUGAACAUGGCUGAUGGAAAUAUAACACCUGACGUUCUAGAACAUUUAUCUCAAAGAACUACACAGAACCAUAGAGAUGGUAUAUUUGGUGAAGAGUUUAGAAAGAAAGUUAGGGAGGGAGAAGGAAGAGAACCUAUUGUACAUGACCUUGCAAACGAAAGUUUACAAAAUGUCAUAAAAACUUACUUUGCAGACAAUGAACCGAGAAGGGAUGAAUAUUUAAGAAAACUCAAAUGGACAGUACCAAAUGAAAU